AUGGGUAAUAUUGCAAAGGUCAGGUCCACAAAGGAAGACAUCAGGCCAACAUUGAACGUUAUCGACACCUACGAUGAUAUUAGCAAACGAUCCCCAGUCCCGGCUACCUUCGUUCCAUUGCCGGGGUCCUUAUGUUUCUCAGGAUAUACCAAAUUCCCCUUAACCCUCGAUCUUAUGAUCAGUAUCUUCGUGGCCGAAUAUAACAGAUGGGCAAAUGAAAAUCGAAGGUCGAGGCUUCAUGAAACGCCUCCUUCGAAUCCUACUUGCGAUGUCGAGAAAGCCGUCUUGUCUUCUCAAAAGAGUCCUCCUGGGGAGGUGACUAGGUGCAUGGCUGCUAUCGUUGGAUAUCGUGAAGAUCCUGAUCUCUUCUACCGUGCUUUGGAGAGCUACAAGGCGACGGAAGGGCUCGAUUUUACCCUGGUAGGAGUCGAUGGCGACCAAGCAGCUGAUAUGGAUAUGGUGCGAGUUUUUCAGAUGGUCUAUCCUAAAGAAUCUGCGGUAAUUCACCUGGAUGAGCCAUUAGGUGAAAUUGCCAUGCGAACUUAUAGCAAGCUUGUUGACCCGGACAUGUGCUCACCAGAAGAUAUCGAAUAUUGCAACGAGCUUACAAUUGCUCACUGCUGUCAACUUGUCAGAGAAAUUCUGCGCGAACAUGAUAUUCAACUUGACAAAACACAGCCUGGUGGAAUCACAAAACUUUGCAUCUACGAACCACACAUGCACAAGAAAGCAAUCAUGUUCACUUCAUUCAUUUUCUCGAUUGUUAUUUCCGAAAUCUUAAAUAUUGAAUUCAUGUGGUCCUCGGAUUCCGACACCAUCGUUCUCCCUGAUUCACUGCAAAAGACCAUUGCAACAGUUGCAGGAGAUGAAAAUGCCGGAGGAGCUAGUUCCGGGUUAAUCGUUCACAAUGAGCACGACACUCUGUGGACUAAGCUUGGAAGUGCAGUGUAUUGGUGUGAACUGUAUUUGACGAGGUCAACAUCGGCCUCAUCGGGCACGAGUGAUUGUCAAAGUGGACCUAGUACCGUGUUCAGAAUAUCUGCAUUGCCGGGGGUACUGUACUGCUGGUAUACACAAAAGGUCCUAGGUAAACGAAUGAUCGUGAAUGAGGACCGCCAUUUGACAACUAACCUUCUUCUGCGUGGUUGGACCGUCACAUAUGUGUCAGAUACCUUGACUGCAACAGAUACACCGACCACACUGAGCCGAUGGCUACUUCAGCAGGUUCGCUGGGGUCGAGCAACGCAUAUUGAAACUUUCCAACAACCCAAAGUCUAUCUUUUAAACCAUCCCGUAUUCUUUUGGGCCGCCAUGAAGAGGGAAGUUGGGCCAUUAAUCGUCUUUUUCUCUAUCUUGUACUACUUGAUCACUGGCCACCCCUUUGUCUACUUUUGCUGGUGGGACUUGGUCUUCCGUGCCGGCUACACCAUUUUCUAUAAUUGGCUUCGCAACCCUGACCGUGGUCCAACAAAUGGCUAUGCCUGGAUUAUACCUGCUCUGCUUUUCUACAAUCUACCUCUUCCGGCUAUUCAGAUCUGGAGUAUGGCCACUGUACUCGAAGGUGGAUGGGGUACUACCAUGCGUUCGAACAGCGAGAUGUCCAAACAAAACCAAAGCCAGUUGUGGAAACGAUGGCAUGAUCUUGGCUUUUUCGUUCUUUGGAUGGGUAUACUAGGUGGAACUUGUGCAAGAAUUGCAGGUGGGUUACUCUCUUGGAGCGACAUUGUGAUUUUCAGAGCCAUUUGGGUGGGAAUCCUGGCCCCGUCAGCUGUUGCGUUUUACGCAUUAAUACUUAGUUGA